GACAAACGGUUCAGACUCCCCAAUGGAGCACGGGGGUUUCCAAGCUGGCAUCGGUGAUGCUUUGCCCGGGGGACCAGCCCGCAUGUCCCUACUGGUGGCAGAGCGUGGUGAGCGAAGGUGUCGCCACGCAGUGACACUGGUGAAGGGGACGUGUCGGGGACGGGAGCAGUGGGGCUUUGCAGGGAAGAGAGCGUGCGGCUGAGGGCAUCUGAAACCCACAGUCUUGCUGGGUGAAUGGGAGUGUCAGGAGUCGGGGAUGGUGUACCAGCAGUGCUGAGAAACAUAGCGGGGUGGUGGGGGAACCUGUGGGGACUCAACCUCUGUGUUGUGGCCGUUUUGCGCACGGUGCAUGGGAAAGCAGGGCUGGAAGGGACCGUGAGAAGUCAAGUCCGACUCCCUUCUCAGAACUGCAGCUUCUCUGUCUGAGCUGUCCCAGACAAACAUCUGUUUCUGGUGCCCCGCAGAGGGUUUUGCAGCACAAUCAGGUGCUGCCCAUGCACAGGGUUUCCUGCAUUGCUGAACUAACACCACUGAAGGAACCUGAUCCGCACUUUGCAGGACGGUAUGCUUGUCUGGGGCAAAUCACUGUGCUUGAGCAGUGUAUGAACUGUGCAGACCUCUCUGUUACCUUGCAAAAGGCAGGCAAGGAGAUUGUGUUUGAUGUGGCAGCAUUCAGGAUGGUUUUCUAAGGAUGCCUUCUUUGGUAUGUCUGAGCCCUACUUGCUUUACUUCUCCAUCAGCCCUAACACAGGCAGUUUGUCAUUGAUGUUCUUUCUUGUUUGGUUUGUUAAUAUUAUUGUUUGAGAAGAAGUGUUUCCUUUUUCCUCUUCCUAGAAAUGCUUUGGCCAUGAGGGACUGGUUGGGUAUUUUUGACCCUCAAGACCUCUUAAAAUAUACUGUGCACAUGCAAAACAAAACUAACUUUGAGAAUAUAAAAACAGUUUUGUAUUUUAGAUGCAUCUUGAUUCCUCCCCCCAACUCCUCUUAGGGCUAUCUCUGUGCCCAGUGUGAAGCUAAUUUCAGAUAGGCCUGGCUUAUUAGAAACAAAAAGGGGGCAAUUUAAAAUUCAUAUUCAAGAAUGCUGAGGCCAGGUCAGGGCGUUCUUACCCCAAAAUAGCUGUGUGUGCUUGGAGACAGUUCUGAGCUCUGCUAGGCUCAAAAGAAGGCAUGCUGCAGCCUUUCCAUACUCUUUGUUACCCACUGAUGUGAAGAUGUACUUUCCUCUUCAAGGAGCACUUGACAAGCUCUGUGCAGUGGCAAGGCACUGGCAGUGUCCUUUGCUUCCUUGCUUUUUACCUGUAGCACAGAUCAGGGGUUCUGGUUUGAUUUUUAUAUUGCGAUUUGAGGUUAUGGGGCAGGAUCGGGGGUGUGGAGUGGAUGACUUUUAGGUCCCUUUGGAUAAUAGGUGCCUGUGAAUGCAGGGAAUUGGAUAAGAUGAACUGAAGCCCCUUGCAGUCCUGUUUGUGCGACUGUAAUGCAACACCUCUGGGGUAGAGGGUAGCAGGGAAGCAGUAGUGGGAUGAGGGAAUUCCUGGCAAGUACCCUCAAGCAAACUAUUAUAAGGAGACACCCCUAAGGAUUUUUAAUCCCUACUGAGCUGUGUCACGGUGUGAAAUGUGCUCUGCAAAGUGGCUCCUGCUUUGUGGCUGGGGCCCACCCUUGAAUUGAUGUUUUAAGCUUCCCUUGCAUCUGAUUACUGCAUGCGUCUCUCCCUGCCAGCUUCCAUCAACGAGGAUGAGCAGGGCAUCAUCCCUCGUGCCAUGGCUGAGGCCUUCAAACUCAUUGACGAGAAUGACCUGAUUGACUACACGGUCAGAGUGUCCUACCUGGAGGUGUAUAAAGAGGAGUUCCGGGAUCUGCUGCAAGUGGAUACAGCCAGCAAGGACAUUCAAAUUCGCGAGGAUGACAAGGGGAACAUUGUGCUGUAUGGAGUGAAAGAGACAGAAGUGGAGGGGCUGGAUGAGGUCCUGAGCCUGCUGGAAAUGGGGAACACGGCCAAGCACACGGGAGCCACCCACAUCAACAUGCAGUCAAGCCGUUCGCACACCAUCUUCACAGUGACCAUGGAACAGCGGCGGGGUGCCGGCCGCCUCGCCCUCCAUAACUGCUCCGUGGGCCUGGCCUCAGGCCAAGUUCUGGUCUCCAAAUUCCACUUUGUAGACCUAGCGGGUUCAGAGCGGGUUGUGAAGACUGGAAACACAGGAGAGAGGCUGAAGGAGAGCAUCCAGAUCAACAGUGGGUUGCUGGCCCUGGGGAAUGUGAUCAGUGCCUUGGGAGACCCCCGCCGGAAGUGUAGCCACAUCCCCUACCGGGAUUCCAAAAUCACCAGGAUCCUGAAAGACUCCCUUGGAGGCAAUGCCCACACUGUCAUGAUUGCCUGCAUCAGCCCUUCCUCCUCCGACUUCGAUGAGACCCUCAAUACACUGAAUUAUGCCAGCCGUGCCCAGAACAUCCAGAACAAGGCUGUGGUGAACUGCCGCAAGGAGACUGAGCAUGUGGAGGAGCUGCAGCUGCAGAUCAAGAGCCUGCAGAAGGCGCUAGAACAGCGGCACCGCUCUGAGACCCGCAUCAUAAACCGCUCAGAUGCGGCCAAGCAGGGCUCCCAGGACCACAUGGCCCGCCUGCUGGCCGAGUGCGCUCACUACCGGACCUGCACUGAUGCUGCCUACCGGCUCCUGAUGGAGCUGCAGGAAGAGGGCAACCUCACGGUAGAGCAGGUCCUACGGGUGAAGGAGUGGCUGUGUGCUGUGGAGAGCGAGAGGAGCGAGUUGACCUCAGCUGGCCUGGAUAGCGGCAUUGAGAGCACUUCAGCAGAGGACCGAAGCCCCAAGGCACAGGGCUCCAAGCCAGCAAAGGUCCAGGUGAGCCUAGAGAAUGGGUGUGAAUUGGGCAAGGAGGACCAUGUGGUCAGGUUGCAGAGGCAAGUGGAGAGGCUAGAGGAGGAGAACCGGGACUUCCUGGCUGCCCUGGAGGAUGCCAUGGAGCAGUACAAGCUGCAGAGUGACAAGUUGCAGGAGCAGCAGGACAAGAUCUUCGAGCUCCGCCUGCGCCUGGAGAUGGUGGCACCCACCUGCAUGCCAGAACUCCUGCAGGAUGGUCACCUGGUGGGAAUCAUGCAGAGACCCCACACAGCCCCACUGGAUGCUGGGCAGUACCACAGCCUCAGUAUGGUGCCAUCCAGGCCCUCCUUUGCCAACCAGAGUGGAAGGGCUUAUUGCAGAAAGCUUAGCAGCAGCCUGUCCGAUGAUGGCGAGGACCUGGUGGUGUCUUCUCGAAACUGUGCUCAGAGUUUGGUCUGCAGCCUGGAGGCCAAAGAUGCGGUGCUGAUACAGCCGCUCAGCAAGGAUUUGGAGAGGCCAGCAGAGUCAUCCUCAGGAGAGGAGGAAGAGGGGGAGCCCAAACCAUCUCUGCACCAGCGCAGAAAUGGGAUCCACAGCUGGAGCAAAAAGGAGGUUUGCAGCAAGGGGACUGAGGAGCAGAGCAGAGGCAAACUCCCACCUGGCCAGGAGAAGCCCCUUGAGCCUCCCAAGGGGGCCUGCAGGAGGACGGAGCCAUCUGGUCCAUGGGGUGGCCUGUCAACAAAGGACUCAGAAUGGCGACUGGUGCGAGCGCAGCAGAAAAUCCGGGACCUGGCAAUAAACAUCCGCAUGAAGGAGGAGUUGAUUACAGAGCUCAUCAAGACAGGCAAGGAUGCCCAGGCCAUGAACAAGCAAUAUUGCCAGAAAAUCAGCGAGCUGGAGCAGGAGGCAGAGCAGGUGCGGGCUGAGCUGAGCCACAGCCAGAAGCAGUUGCAGGAGCUGGAGGGCAAGGAGCUGCAGGAUGCUGGGGAAAAGCGCCGGCUGCAGGAGUACCGCACAAGGGUGGCAGCCGCACAGAGCAAGGCACAGGUCCUGCGUGAAAAGCAGCAGGUGACAGAGAGGCUAGUGUCGCUGUCAGCCCAGAAUGAGAAGCGGGUGCAGGAGCUGGAGAGGAACAUCCAGCUGAUGCGGCGGCAGCAGGGGCAGCUCCAACGGCGGCUGCGGGAAGAGACAGACCAGAAACGGCGCCUGGAGACUGAGGUGCACAAGCGGCAGCACCGGGUCAAGGAGCUGGAGCUGAAGCACGAGCAGCAUCAGAAGAUCCUGCGUAUCAAGACUGAGGAGAUUGCCGCUUUCCAGAGGAAGCGCCGCAGUGGCAGCAAUGGCUCUGUCAUCAGCCUGGAGCAGCAGCAGAAAAUUGAAGAACAGAAGAAGUGGUUGGACAUGGAGAUGGACAAAGUCCUGGAGCAGCGUCGUGCCUUGGAUGAGCUGGAGGAUGAGCUGAGGAAACGGGAAGCCAUCGUGGCCAAAAAGGAAGCAUUGCUGCAGGAGAAGAAUGGCCUGGAGAGCAAGAGACUCCGCUCUAGCCAGGCCCUGACUGAUGACAUUGUGCGCAUGUCCAGCCGCCUGGAGUACCUGGAAAAGGAGCUGAUGGAGAAGAAUGGGCAGCUCCGCCGUGGCAGUGCCCACGAUCAGCAGCAGAUCCGGCAGGAGAUCAACAACCUACGUCAGGAGAAGGACCAACUGCUCAAGCAGAGGCUGGAGAUCGACAACAAGCUGCGCCAGGGCACCCUGCUGUCCCCGGAGGAGGAACGGAUCUUGUUCCAGCUGGACGAGGCCAUCGAGGCACUGGAUGCGGCCAUUGAGUACAAGAAUGAGUCGAUCACAUGCCGGCAGCGGGUGUUGCGGGCCUCGGCAAGCCUGCUGUCCCAGUGCGAGAUGAAUCUCAUGGCCAAGCUCAGUUACCUGUCCUCCUCCGAGACGCGGGCGCUGCUCUGCAAGUACUUCGAUAAGGUGGUGACACUGCGAGAAGACCAGCACAGGCAGCAUAUUGCCUUCUCGGAGCUGGAGAUGCAGCUGGAGGAGCAGCAGCAGCUGGUGUCGUGGCUGGAGGUGGCGGUGGAGCGCCAGCGCCUGGAGAUGGAUCGCCAGCUUACUCUGCAGCAGAAGGAGCAUGAGCAGAACAUUCAACUCCUGCUCCAGCAGAGCCGCGAGCACCUGGAUGAGGGGCUGGCCAGCAGCAAGCUCCAGUAUGAGGCAAGGAUCCAAAUGCUGGAGAAGGAACUGAACCGUUACAUGUGGGCAAACCAGGAGCUGAACCAGAGGCUGAGUGGUCUGAGCCACCUGGGUGGGCAAGCCCGAGAUCUGUGGGGAGCCCAACAGGCUGGAUUACACGGGACUGCAGGCUGGGCACUGAACACCCCUGGCUUAAAUUGCUUCUGGAGCAGCAAGGUGAGCAGGGAGCAUCCCCUGCCAGAGGCUGUUGCUGUAGGACUGGAAAGGAACUUGCCUGGGGCUGGAGACAGAGCUCCCACCCUGCCUGCAACCAGUGAAGUACCUGACCCAGCUCUCGUGGAUUCACAGCCCGCCUGCACUGGAGAAAGCUCCAGGUGCCAGGAGGAAAACAGAGACUUGGUGCAUGCACCCCUGCCCGCUACAUGGCGGCGCUCCUCCCUGCCCAAUGAUUGCCCACCAGAGCUCCGGCAGAGGGAGGCCGAGCACGUGCUCAGGUCAGGGCAGCCCCACGAGGUGCUGCUUCCCUGGAACCCGGCGCUGUUGCCCAAGUGCCGGCGGGAGCUGCGCAGAGCCAGUCCCAGUGUGGCAGCUGUGCCUUGCCACCCUGCCAUAAUCGAUGUGAGGAGAAACCCACUGUAGCCCAAGGCUCAACACUAACCGUGCGCCAGGCUGGAAGAGCAGCUGCCACUGGGCAAACAGGGUACUCUCCCACUCGCCUUAGCCAGGCCUAACACACCAGAAAGGGAACACCACAUCACAGGGGCAACAUGUCACUUAAUUCCACUGUGAGUUUCCCAUACAGGCAGUCUUCCCUGUUCCUGCUUCCUACCAGGGAGGGGCAGACAGAGCUCCCCUCCUGCCCUCAGACACUGCAGGCUUGGCUGUGUCCACAGGAAAGGCCUGUGGGCUAGGGCUAAUGCCAAUGUACAUAGAUUUGUAGUAGCUUUUAUACAUUUCUACUGUCACUUUCUAAUAAAGCAGAGUGCAUUUUAUUAAAGGAGGCAUGUGCCCCAGUCUCUU